AUGGCUGUUGUCCCCCAUGUGAAAACGUGGUGGAAGUCCGCAGUCAUCUAUCAGAUCUACCCUGCGUCCUUCUGUGAUUCCAAUGGCGACGGCAUUGGUGAUAUCUGCGGUAUUGCUUCCAAGCUUGAUUAUAUCGCUAGCCUAGGUGCAGAUACAAUAUGGCUCAGUCCUGUUUACGACAGUCCGCAAGUGGACAUGGGAUACGACAUAUCGAACUAUGAAGCCAUCUACCCGCCGUACGGGAAUGUGGAAGAAAUGGAACGCCUGAUCAAAGAAACGCAUUCCCGGGGGAUGAGAAUCAUGAUGGAUCUCGUCAUCAACCACACUUCUGAUCAACAUGCUUGGUUUAAAGAAUCCAGGAGUAGCAGAGACAACCCCAAACGGGAUUGGUACAUCUGGCGACCAGCAAAGUACUCGCAGAGCGGCGAGCGGCUCCCACCCAAUAACUGGCGCUGCAGUUUCGGGGGCGGCAGCGCAUGGGAAUGGGACGAGUCGACAAAGGAGUAUUACCUCCACUUGUGGGCCAAGGAGCAGCCAGAUUUGAACUGGGACAGCGCGGAAGCCAGGAAAGCAAUCUAUGCAUCUGCCAUGGUGUUUUGGCUGGACCGCGGAGUGGACGGGUUUCGAGUUGAUACGGUCAAUAUGUACAGCAAACCAGUCGACUUCGCAGACGCGCCGGUCACUGACCCGGCAGCACCGUUCCAGCCUGCGGCCUCGCUAUACUGCAAUGGUCCAAGGAUGCAUGAGUACAUCGGCGAGAUGAAUGACAUUUUGACACGGUACGGAGCGAUCACAGUGGGUGAGCUUCUAGACACUCCCGAUGUGGCAAGGAUAUUGCCGUAUGUGAGCGCUGCGGCUCAACAACUCAACAUGGUCUUCCAGUUUGACGCAGUCGAGGUAGGCUGGGGCCGUACUCACAAAUACGAGACGACUCCAAAGAAUUAUACACUCCCUCAAUUCAAAGAGGCUAUUGGGAAAGCACAGAGUCUUAUACAGGGAACUGACGCCUGGACAACUGCUUUCCUGGAGAACCACGACCUUUCACGAUCAGUCUCCAGGCUUACGGACGACCACCCCACCCUUCGGGAAUCGGGAGCCAAAAUGCUAGCUGUUCUCCAGACUUGCCUCAGUGGAACCCAGUAUAUUUAUCAAGGGCAGGAAAUUGGUGCAGUCAACGCCCCAAAGGAGACAUACCCAUUGGAGGACUACCUGGACAUCAGUAGUCGUCUCUUCAUCGACAUGAUCAAGGAACGCCACGGGGAGAGUAACAAGGACGAGCUCGACAGAGGAUUUACUGCACUACAACAUCUGGCCCGCGAUCAUUCACGGAUACCCAUGGCAUGGAACAGUGCCGCCAAGUAUGGCGGGUUUUCCGAGGAAGCUGAACGGGCUGGCUUGGAUGUCAAAGAACCUUGGAUGAAGCCGCAUCCAUUAUUAACUGAAAUCAACGUUGCUGCGCAAGUCAACAAUUCAGAGAGCGUGUUUGGCUUUUGGCGCAAGAUGUUGCUAUUUAGGAAGCAGCAUGAGGAUAUUCUGGUGUAUGGAGACUAUCUAUGUCUUGAAAAGGACGACCCUGAUGUCUACAUUUUCAUUAAGCAGGCGCAGGAUCGAAAAAGAAGGAUGAUGGUUGUUCUUAACUUCAACUCGGAGGAGAAACACUGGGCUGUUCCAGAAUCUGCAAUGCGUUUCACUAAUGGCGAGACUCCAAAAGUUAUUCUUACAACCCACGAGAGCAAGGAGAGUUCUAAAAACUUAGCCCCAUUUGAAGGCAGGGUCUAUCUCAUGCCAAAUAAUGUGCUGCAUUCUAAUCUAUAG